AUGGAAGUUCAGAGCGAGCUGACUGAUCCGGGGAUGUGUGCUGCUGCUGCUGCUUCAUCAGAGGAAAUGCAGAGGAGUGAAAGCAGACCAGAGCCCAGACUGGAUCUUCUAGAGUGUCAGCUGCAGCAGAGGGUCCAGGUUCACUUAGAAACUGAGUAUCCUGAAGUAGUUUUGUGUGUUGGAGAAAUGUGUUUUGGUGUAAAAGCAAGGCAGAAGAUGCCCAAAGCCUCAAAACAAGAUCAAAAACACACCCUUGCCCGUGCCCUGUGUGCCCUGCUGAACUCUGGAGGAGGGGUGGUAAAAGCAGAGAUUGCAAAUGAAGGCUACAGUUUGGAGAGAGAUGGCAUUGGAGCAGACUUAGAAGAGGCUUUUCGGUCUCUCCUUUUGAUUGUAGAGUGGGAAAAAUACCUGGACUUGGAACAGCAAGGUAACAACCUCCUGAUCUUUGUGAAAGCCUGGAGCAGCGAGAGCACAGCCUCAGGGUCUGCAAGUGCAAAGCCUCGGAUCUGCAGCCUGGGCACUGGGCUGUACACAAAGAGUGGAGCUUCCCUUCCUCACAUGAACCCUACUGAAGCUCUUCUGUUCCUUACAGAAAAACAGGAGGAAGCCAGGAGGAAUCACAGCCUGGCUGCUGAAAGAGAAUUGGAUGCUUUCAGGAGGGCUGGUUCAGGGCUGAAUGAUCUCUGCCUUGAACCGCCUGCAAAAAUCAGGCAGACAACAGAUGUUGAAGGGGACAGGAGUGACUUCUGGAGCGUUCUUGUAGAGCUGUAUAAUAGGGGCCAACUGCAUCAUGGAGAGAAGUUGCCUUUCACAGAGUCAAGAUAUGUGGAAUUUAAGCACUACUCAACGGACAACUUCCUGACUCGUGUCAGGGAAGUGCUGCCUCAGUAUAUUGCUGGGUUCGCAAACGCAGACGGCGGGUGUCUGUGGAUCGGGGUGGAUGAUGAUGGCAGAGUGCAGGGAUUCAGCUGUGAUGAUGAGGAGCAGAGAAAGCUAGAAGAUCUCAUCAAAUCAAUUCAUUGCAAAUUAACUGCCUUCCACUUCUACCAGCCUGAUGAUCUCACCAGGUCCAUUCACAACCAUUGGAAUCGCGCUUUCUACCAGACUCAUUCUGAAUGUGACUUACACUAUGGCCACAAACUAUUCCCAGUGUGUGGAGCGGAUGGAGAGCGCCGUGGCCACGUCUGUGCUGUGAAUGUUUCACCUUUCCAGUGUGUCCUGUUUGCUGAAGCCCCAGACUCAUGGCUCGUGGAAAACGACACACUCAGGAGACUGGGAGCAGAGGAGUGGGCUAAGAGGAUGACUGAUACAGAUCCAGAUCUUGCAAGGCUUUCUUCGACCUUCAGGCAAGAGCUGAGUCUGACAGGGAGACCACCUCUUGCCAAGGCAGUUUAUUCAGCCCAAGGAGCUGACAGUGCUGCUACCCUUUGUGAGAACCUCUUUCCAGUGAGCCCUGCCAGCAUCACAUGUACCCCAGAAAAACUCAGGGAAGAUCUCCUCCAGGAGCAUCCAGGAUUGGAUAGCUUAAUUGAAAGCCAACUCCAGCCCCUCUCAGAGGGAGUUCUGAUAUUUUCCAGGAGCUGGGCUGUUGAUGUUGGCUUGCCAGCAAACCAGCUCAUCAUUUGUGAUGUUCUCCAAGUAGCCAAGGACAGGCCACCUAUCCUUUAUACAGUCUGCAAGCAGAUCUCAGAGGCCUUGGUUGGGUACUCCAGGAGAACAGCCCGGAGGCUGAAGGAGAAGUUAGUCAACACAGGAGGCUAUAUCCACAAGCUGUGUGUAAUACCCAAGCUGCUGACAUUGCCUGCCCAGGGGAGCUGUGGAGAAGAGUGGGAUCAGAACAUUGAACAGAAGUAUCCCCCUGGCUACGGCCUGGUCAGCAGUGACAACCUGAGGGACCUCUUGCAUGCUCUCACAGUCGCUCUGCUGACUUUCAAGUCCUUUUUAAGUGACAGAGUUGGCUCUGAGUUUCUGAACCUCUUGACCCUCAGACAAUACCAGGUGCUGUCAGAAAAUCUUCACAGAACUAAGAAGCUCUAUGUGUAUGGUCUGCCAGGCACAGGGAAAACAGUGGUGGCCCUGAAGAUCAUGGAGCAAAUAAGAACCAUGCUGCCAUGCUCACAAGAGGAAGUUCUUUAUAUCUGUGAGACCAAGGGCCUGAGAGAUUUUGUGCGGCAGAAAGACAUUUGCCAAGCGGUGACCAGAGAAGAGUUUUUGAAGGAGAGCUUCAGCACUGUGAAGCACAUAAUCAUUGAUGAAGCACAGAGUUUCCGAGAUCAGGAAGGUGAUUGGUAUGGGAAAGCCUUGAGACUGACUUCAUCACAAGAGCUCCCUGAGCCUGGCUUCCUCUGGAUUUUCUUGGAUUACUUACAGACAAGUCACAGCUUCCCAACUGGCCUUCCAGAUGCAGGUUGGCAUGAUCCUAUCGAGUCGCUGACCAAUGUGGUUCGCAGUGCCAGCAGCAUCUAUGGCUAUGUAAGAGAAAAACUGACCAGGAUUGUAGAGCAUCCCAGCCAGGGGAUUCCCAUCCCACGUCUGAGACGCUUGGUAGAGAGGGCCACCUGUGCUCACCCUGUGACAGGCAGGUUAGAAGUACGGUGGCUAGAGUACAGUGAAUUAUGUGAUUAUGUGAAAGAGCAAUGUGAAAACUACAUCAGGAAUGGCUACUCAGCAAAGGAUAUUGCUGUGCUCUACAGAGAUACCGAUAGAUGGGACAAGUUCUGGGUAUCUUCGAUAAACGAUUUAGAAUUAAAUAUAGAAUUUGUAACCACGGAGAGCAGCUCCUGGAGGGAGCAAGCAGUUGUCGAAAGCAUCCAGAAUUUUGCUGGCUUGGAGAGGAGUAUUGUGUUUGGUAUUAUUCCUCCAUCUGUGCAGGAAGAGGAAAAGCUUUUAACUAAUCUCUUGGUCUGGAUAGCAUCCAGAGCAAUUUUAGAUCUACACUUGUUGUUUCAGUAUGACUCUGAAAGCUCUCAAGAUAGUCCAGGAUCUGAGUUUGGAGACUUUUUCACUCCCUGA